AUGGGAGAAGUAGUCAAAAGAACGGAACGAAGUGAGAUUCUAAAAGAAAGGAAAAGGAGUAGUCGAAAUGAUGAGACGAUCAAUUUUGAUGCUAUGAUAUAUUUAUUAGUUAAAGAAGGAUAUGAAGUAAUUGUUAAAAGGUCAAAAAAGACAAGUAAAACAAUUAAAAUGCUUCUUCCAGAAAGUAUUAGUAAAAAUGGAAAUGUUCUGAAAGUUCAAGAUAUUUGUUUACUUUCAAACACUCUUUUAAACACACUUGGAUAUACAAGAAUAGACUCUGAAAGAAUUAAAGAAAUGACAAAGAAACAAGCGAAACGUACACAAGAAGCACAAAUAAAUAAUGGAGUUAUUUCAUUACUUGUUAAUGAAGGAUAUACAUUUUCUGAGAAGAAAGUUAAAACAGCACAUUUGACUGAAAGACUCAUUAGAAUUACAAGUGUUUGUAAAGAUGGUGAAAUAUUUGGAAGAGAUGAAUUAAUUGAAAUGGGGAAAUUAACUCUUCGUCUUAUGGAGCAACAUCAAACUGAUACUCUUAUUCAAUUUAAUCAAAACACAUUAUUUAAUUCACCAUCUUCUUUCCUUUCUUUUACUAAUCUUCCACUAUCAUCCUCAAAUGUGAUUCUACCACCAACACAACCUAUAAACUUAAAUUAUCUCCAUGACAUUCCUUAUUUCAAUCUAUUAAAUUAUGACUAUUCUUAUGACAACACUGAUCUUAUCCCUUUCUAUUCUUUUCUUCCUUUUUAA